UUAUGCGAAACCACCUCAACUUUUUGCAGAGUGUUCACGAGGCAUAUCCCCUCAUGGAUGACACCGACGGCGGUCUGACGCAUGUGUACGACGGACACAUCAAGGGGUACGCUGGCAAGUUCAGCGAGGGCACCGUCCACCGGAUACGACAGAUGCCCGAGGUGGACUACGUCGAGCUGGACCAGAUCGUCCGGACGAUGGAGAUUGACGCGGAAGUGGAAAUCGAGGCGAACAAGGUCGAGACGCAGAAGGGUGCUCCUUGGGGCCUGGCACGGAUCUCACAUAGGCCUAAGCUGACCUUCGGCACCUUCACCAGGUACGAAUAUGACGUUGAUGGUGGCGAGGGUGUCGACGUGUACGUCGUUGACACCGGCGUUAAUAUCCACCACGUCGAGUUCGAGGGCCGCGCGUCCUGGGGAAAGACUGUUCCGAAGGAUGACGUCGACGAGGAUGCCAACGGCCACGGAACGCACUGCGCCGGUACUAUCGCAUCUCGCAAGUACGGUGUCGCGAAGGCCGCUCAUAUAAUUGCGGUGAAGGUCUUGGGCAGCAACGGUAGCGGCACGAUGAGCGACGUCGUUGAGGGAGUCGCGUGGGUCGCGACGGAGGCUGUGAAGAAGGCCGAGGCUGCACUCAAGGAGUUCAUGGAAACUGGCAAGACGAAGCACAAGGGGUCUGUUGCGAACAUGUCGCUCGGCGGUGGCAAGUCGCGCGCUCUCGAUGACACUGUCAACAAGGCUGUAGAUGCAGGCGUUCACUUCGCCGUCGCAGCUGGCAAUGAUAACAGGGAUGCUUGCAACAACUCGCCUGCUGCGGCAGAGAAGGCAAUCACCGUCGGCGCAUCAACGCUUGCCGACGAGCGUGCCUACUUCUCCAACCACGGCCCGUGCGUGGACGUUUUCGCACCUGGCCUGAAUGUCCUCUCCACCUACAUCGGCAGUAACACCUCCGUGUCCACCCUCUCGGGCACGUCCAUGGCCUCGCCACACACCGCAGGCAUGCUCGCUUACCUGCUCUCGCUGUACCCCUCGGCGACAUUCAACCCCAAGGUGACGAAGGACUUCGUGCCCCUGACACUACAAUCGCGCGUGGUGCCGCCGUCGUUGGUGAACGCGUACGCGCUCGCACAUUAUGUGCUGCCGAGCUGGGUGUCUGAGUUCCUCCCGCCGCCGGCGCUCGUCGAGGAGGCCGUCGCGCCUGUGCCCGUCCCGCCGCAGACGCUCACGCCGAAGCAGCUCAAGCUUGCGUUGCUGGCGCUCGCUACGGACGAUGCGCUUGACACGCUCCCCAAGGACACGCCCAAUCUGCUCAUCUACAACAACGCGACGGCGUGAGUGGACGUG